AUUGGACCUGCAGGAUAUUUCUCAACUUUAUUCUCGAGAUAGUUUAGUUGGCACGCUACCUGAUUUCAAGAAAAGGCUUCAGUCGGCUGUUGGUUCAAGCACUGGAAUGACUUCAUUUGGGCUGGCGAAGGCUUUGAUUUUUUCUGGAUCCAACCAUGUUUGAGGGCACCGUGCAAAGCAACCUUGACCCUCUUGAGGAAUACACCGAAGAUCAGAUUUGGGAGGCAUUGGAUCAGUGCCAACUCGGCGAGGAAGUGAGGAAGAAAGAAGGGAAACUGGAUUCGCCAGUUGCAGAGAAUGGAGAGAACUGGAGCAUAGGACAGAGGCAGCUCGUGUGUCUCGGUCGUGUCCUGCUCAAGAAAAGCAAGAUUUUGGUACUAGAUGAAGCCACUGCUUCCGUCGAUACAGCCACCAAUAAUGUGAUUCAGCAAACUUUGAGGCAUCACUUCGCCGACUGUACUGUUAAUACCAUUGCACAUUGGAUCACUUCUGUUCUCGACAGCGACAUCAUUCUUCUUCUAGACCAUGGCCUUGUUGCUGAAUAUGACUCUCUGAAAAGAUUGCUAGACAAGGAAUCCUCGUUCGCGCAGCUCGCAGCAGAGCACGCAACGAGGUGGCGUUCAGUUUCAGCAGCUAAAACGAUGUGA